GGGCUGCGGGCAGCGGAGCGGAGCGAGCGGGGCGGUGGGCCGCAGCACGGCCACGACGGCGGGUCUCGGGUGCGCUAGCCGCGGCGCGUGGGGUCCGACCGAGAAGGGGCCGGAGCCCGGUUUGGGAAAGAAGAAAUGAUGUAAAUAAUUCACUAUCCAAACUUUAAGGUCAGAAGUGAGGAGGAAGGUCAGGAAGACUAUGGCCUGGCCAAAUAUUUUUCAAAGAGGAACUCUGUUCUCCCGGUUCAGCCAUCAUCAUGUUGUUGUGUUCCUGCUCACCUUCUUCAGUUAUUCGUUGCUCCACGCAUCAAGAAAAACUUUUAGCAAUGUUAAAGUCAGUAUCUCUAAGCAGUGGACCCCAAGUGCUUUCAACAAGUCAGUUAGACUGCCUGUAGAGAUUUGGAGCAGCAACCAUUUGUUUCCCAGCGCAGAGGAAGCCACUCUUUUCCUCGGGACACUGGAUACUAUUUUCCUCUUCUCUUAUGCUGUGGGCCUUUUCAUCAGUGGAAUUGUUGGAGAUCGGCUUAAUUUACGAUGGGUUCUAUCUUUUGGCAUGUGCUCUUCUGCGCUAGUGGUGUACGUCUUUGGCACAGUCACAGAAUGGCUGCGUUUCUACAACAAGGGGUUCUACUGCUGUCUGUGGAUUGUAAAUGGCCUGCUGCAGUCCACUGGUUGGCCCUGCGUGGUUGCCGUUAUGGGCAACUGGUUUGGGAAAGCUGGACGAGGAGUUGUUUUUGGUCUCUGGAGUGCCUGUGCUUCAGUGGGCAAUAUUUUGGGAGCAUGCCUAGCUUCUUCUGUUCUGCAAUACGGGUAUGAGUAUGCCUUUCUCGUGACAGCGGCUGUGCAGUUUGCCGGUGGGAUCGUCAUCUUCUUUGGACUCCUGGUGUCACCAGAAGAAAUUGGUCUCCCAGGUAUCGAGGCAGAAGAACAUUUUGAAGAAGACUCACACAGGCCGUUGAUUAAUGGUGCUGACAACGAAGACGAAUAUGAGCCUAAUUAUUCCAUCCAAGAGGGCAGUGCUGUUACCCAGGUCAAGGCAAUAAGCUUUUAUCAGGCCUGUUGUCUUCCUGGAGUUAUACCGUACUCACUGGCCUACGCCUGCUUGAAGUUAGUAAAUUACUCCUUCUUCUUCUGGUUGCCCUUUUAUCUGAGUAACAACUUUGGAUGGAAGGAGGCUGAAGCUGACAAGUUGUCCAUUUGGUAUGAUGUUGGAGGAAUUAUAGGUGGGACUUUGCAAGGUUUCAUCUCUGACAUAUUACAGAAGAGAGCACCAGUUUUAGCUCUCAGUCUGCUUCUGGCUGUUGGGUCCCUCGUUGGAUAUAGCCGUUCUCCGAACGAUAAGUCCAUUAAUGCACUUCUGAUGGCGGUUACAGGAUUUUUUAUUGGCGGACCUUCUAACAUGAUUAGCUCUGCUAUUUCUGCGGACCUGGGUCGCCAAGAGUUGAUCCAAGGGAGCAGUGAGGCUUUGGCGACCGUCACAGGAAUUGUUGAUGGAACUGGAAGCAUUGGAGCUGCGGUGGGCCAGUAUUUAGUGUCUUUGAUCCAGGACAAUCUGGGAUGGAUGUGGGUGUUCUACUUUUUCAUUCUCAUGACAAGUUGUACAAUUUUAUUUAUCUCGCCGUUAAUAGUGAGGGAAACCUGCUAUCUUAUGCAAAGACGACAAGCUCAUGUAUUGAGUGAGUGAGUGUUGCCAGAAGAGAAGAAGAGAAGAGAAGAACAAUGGAAGACACAUCAGGACUAUUAUUUCUUCUAAUUCACCCUAUUGGGGGUUGUCUUAAGAGCUCCAACAAAACCUCAGAUUGUCAAGCCUCUUUCAACAAUGUCAGCCACUUGAGAUGCUGACCAGUGGUGAAGGCUGGGCUGUUUUUCUGCACUACAUGAGUUAUUAUGGAUGAUUUUCUUUGUUGCUUCAUAAAUGUACUGAAUGGCC